AUGUCGUCUAGAGUUACAAAAUUAACUCUUUCCUACCUCUCCACACUUUUAAUAACAUCAGUAUGUGGUACUCAAUACCUUUUUUCCGCAUAUAGUACAGCGUUACAAGAUCGAUUGGGUUUCACUUCUGUACAAAUUAAUACUAUAGGAAGUUUUGCAAAUUACGGUGUUUUUCUUAGUAAACCUUUCUUCGGUUAUAUCUCUGAUAAUCAUGGAUCUCAAAGAACAUGUUUUGCCGCAUCAUUAUUAAUAUUCAUAAGUUAUUUAUGUCUUGCAUUAACGUAUCAACAAAUUAUUCCGUCCACUUCAUUCAUGCUCUGUUCAUUAUAUUUAUUUUGCGCCGGAAUUGCUUCAUCCGGAGGUUUGGUCUCUAGCAUGGUAACAAUUACAAAAAAUUUUACAUCGUUACGAGGAACCGCGUUAAGUGUUCCAAUAGCACUUUUCGGUCUUUCCGCUUUUAUGUAUUCUCAAAUCAAUAUGCAUUUCUUCCAAAAUGAUACUUUUCAUUUUAUACUUUUUAUUUCUACCUCAGCAGGACUUUGCUUAUUCAUUGGUAGUUGGUUUAUAGUAGUUGUGCCUCCUCCUCUUCCUACCACCACCACUGCUGUUGUUGAAAGCAUCAAUGAACUCGAGGAGGGAAUUUCAAAUAAUAAUAAUAAUUCAAAUUUAUUUACAGAACAAACACCUCUUCUGUUACAACAAAAACAAUGUAAAAACGAACAACGUAUAGAGAGUGAUAUUGAUGGUGAGAAUGAUGAGUUAGAUAUAGGAGGAUGGGAAUUAGUACAUAACAAAGAUGCAAUUCGUUUAGUAUUAAUAAUGAUCUUUAUUGGUGGAGUUGGAUUAAUGUAUAUAAAUAAUGUUGGAGCUAUAAUUAAAUCUCUUUAUUACGCACCAUCCACCCAACCUUCUCAUUCUUCCCAUCCUUUUCAUCCUUCUCAUCUUUCUCGUCCUUUUCAUCCUAUUCAUCCUUCAUUUAAAGAUUUAAGAUUUUUAUCGGAUUUAGCCAAAUACCUUUAUGGUAUACCUCGAAUUUCAUUUUUGGGACUUGCCGCUUUAUGGUUAUUAAUAGGUCAAAUGUUAAUACUUUUUUGGAUCCAACAAGUUGAUAAAUUAUGGAUGGUCACAUGUUUCGUGGGGUUUGGAUAUGGAAUUCAAUAUGGAACCGCUCCCACAAUAGCAGGAGAAUUAUUUGGUUCAAAAAGGUUUGGAUUAAAUUGGGGACUUUUGGCUUGCGUAAGUUAA